AUGACAGCUUGCUCCCAUUACUAUGAGGGUAAGCGUACAGACAUCCGAGCAAGGGAUUCCAACAUUCCAACCCACCUCACAACCACUGGGGGACUGCCAUCCAUCCCUCCAUAUACGGCUGUGCCAUCAGCCCAAAAACGCCAGGACCGAGAAAUUGUAGCAACUCUGACUCACCAAGAAGGCCUACGCAGUACGCGAGCAUUCAAACCCGCUUUAUUUUUUGUUUUUUUUCAACACAUUCGCUUCGACCCCUUGUCUUAUUUCUAG